AUGAAAAUAAAAAACUAUAAAUCUAGAAAUAAAAUAAAAAAUAAGAAAAAGUAAAUUAAUAAAACAUAAUUAAAUAUCAGAUUAGCAGGAAAAGUUAUCAAAAGCAUAAACAUUAAUGUAUAUAUAAUACAAUAAUAUCAAAUUAAAUAAAGAAAGCAAUAAUUAUAUGAUUUAUUAAAUUAAGCAUUAAAAAACUUGAUGAAUUAGAAAAUUCAUAAGAAAUUUAAUCAUUGGCAAAAACAUUUGAUUCUUUAUCAUUUUUGUAUACAUCAAAAGUAGAAAGCAUAUGUUUGUGCAAAGAUCGUUUUUUUUUCUUUUUUUGAUAAAUGCUUGGUAUUUUUAAGGGAAUGGAUUAGUCAUUAUAAACUAAAAACAGAUUAUCCUAAAAAUUCAGAAAGUCAACAAAGUUUUCAUUUAUUAACUAAACUUAGAAUGAGAAAAAGAUAUUGA